AUGUACGGAUCGGAGACUUGGGCAGCACCAUCAACGGUUAUGGAGAGGCUUGACUUCACGGAACGAAAGCUGCUUAGACUGCUAGUUGGCUACUUUUGGCCUAGGGCAAGCCAUAAUGAUUAUCUUUACGCAGAAAUUGAUGUGGUAUACCGGCGGAUGACACGUGGAAAACAUCAACAUCUUGCACCUCCAUCGAAAGCGGCUAAAGUAAAUCGUCUUCGCUUCUUUGGUCAUAUAUUAAGGAGACCGACAGAUCGCCUUGCUCAACGAGUUCUAAGGAGUUCGUCGGGUUCGAGCUGGAAGAAGCCACCUGGCCGAAAACGGAAGUUCUGGAAUGAGGCGGUGAAAGAGGACCUGAGGACACUCGGCGUGGAUAGGCAGUUCGAGCCUAUCCACGCCGAGUGUCCUCAGGUGUUCCCAAAUUUGAUCAAGCCUCAAAAAGAGUACAUGCAUGAGCUACUUGGUAUUGGUGUAAUAAUUGGUUGUAACGGAGUUGUAUGGAUUUCACCAGACGUAAGUUCUGACCAAUAUAAUGGUCAUAGUCAGGAUGUUACUUCGGUGGUUCCAUUGGAGAAACGGUUGUCUAUGGCCAGAAUUGCCGCUUGUAUUCAUUUGUUGUCAAAAUGUCUGAUUUGCAUUUAUGAUACAUCCAUCAUUGCUGCAUAUAAGGCGUCAAUAUCAUUCGAGAUAAAAGAUGUUGGUCGUCCAGAAAUAUCAGCGUCAUUGAUUCGAAAGGUGAAGCAAGCCAUCUUCGUCGAAGAGGAACAUCGAGAGAUAGAAACACAGCAUGAAGACUUUAGUGUUUGUGGAUGGAUGACAAUUGUAAAGGACCGCCCUCUAACCGUCAUCGCUCAGUCGCGAGAGGAAAUGUGUAGGAAUAUCAAGGAAUAUCUUGUUGAGACCAUUGCUCAUCUUGUGAAGUAUAAUGGACUGAUAUCGAUUGGCGUGUCUGGUGGUUCCAUGCCCAAACUAAUUUGCGACGUUUUAAAAUCCGUCGAUAAUCUCGAAUGGAAACGUGUUCGAUUGUUUAUGGUUGGGCGACGACCUGUGGUGAAAGCUAAGCUCGCCGUGGCAUGGCUGCUUAGUUUGGGGAAAAGUCUUCUUGCCACUCUAGCAUAUUCACUGCCUCAAUACCCUGCACACUGGGCCCUGCCGUCUCAGACGUCGGACGGUAUGGCGACCGGUGAGAGGCGAUCAAAUCUCAGGUUGCUCAGGACGUCAUUGACUCUGGACCAAGGCGACACGCGCACGACUCGCCAUGGAGACUGUCUCAGACUGUGUACUUACAACGCGAGAACAGUUUCCACAGACGCUGACCUGCAUACCCUUCUCAGAGCUGCAGAGCGUAUCAAAUUUCACGUGAUUGCUCUGCAGGAGACCAAGUACAGAAGGAGCGACGUACGACAGAUGAAUGACGGUACACUCGUCAUUCGUGGAGAGAAUGUUCCGUCGCGAAAUGUAGGCGGUGUUGGUUUUGUUGUGCGCCCAUCUGUCGUCCAUCUCGUCGAUUCUCACGAGAUCCUGUCACCUCGUCUGGCCAUUCUUCGCCUCCGCCCUCUGCGCCAAAAAUCCAUCAGUAUCAUCAACUGCUACUCACCAACAUCAGCAGCUGAUGAAUCCGAAUUGGACGCGUUUUACGAGGAGCUGGAGGAAGUGAUCAGCAACGAGAAGUCCUUCUACAAAUUCGUUGUCGGAGACUUCAACGCAAAACUAGGAAAGGCCACAGAAAAAGAAUACAGGAUUGGAAGAUUUGGACUAGGAGACCGGAAUGAAAAUGGCAAUAGUCUCGCUGGGCUGUUGUCCGCCGCUCGCCUCUUUCAUGGGAACUCUCUUUUCAUGAAAAAAGGUCAUCGUCGGUGGACAUGGGAAUCGCCCAAUGGCGCGACUCGUGCGGAGAUCGACCACAUACUCACCAACCAGAGGUGGUGUCUACUUGACGUCUCAGUAGUACCACCAUCCUUUUGUAGUGGUUCUGAUCACCGUCUCCUUCGUGCGAAAAUACGUCUUAGCCACACGAUGGAAAAGAACAUCUGCUAUCGGCAACGAAGGAGAAAAGAAGUCGUCUACGACGAUUGCGUACUCGAGGACUCCUUGUCCCAAGGUGACUGGCACACCGAGGAGGACCCAAACGUGGACUACGUGAUGCUGCUCAGAGGAUUACGAGCCUGUGCUGAACGUGCCUCGAAGUCGCGCACGACAAACUUGGAUCGAAUUUCGAAGACCACUAAGGAAUUAUUGGAAAGAAGAAGGGCUUUGAGGCUUGAUCCGAAUGCGUCGCACAUUGAGCGGUUAGUAGCAAACACUAGCUGCAGAAAAGCGUUGCAGGAGGAUCUUAUGAAGUACAGGCAGAAGAAGAUUCUGGAAGCAGCACAGAGAAGAACAAGUCUGAAGAAGUGCCGCAGGGAUCUCCGCGAAUAUAAUAUUCCGCUAGUAACCUUGCUGAGCGAAGACGGGAUUCGUACGUCUUCUCGUCGUGAGAUAGAAAUCAUAACGGAGAGGUUCUACUCGAACCUUUUCCGUUCAUCAACUCCUAUGUCAAGCCCGAUCAUCCCCACUGGCGAAGCUCCACCACGGAUUCUCCCUUCGGAAGUACGAGUCGCUAUCAAGAGCAUGAAACCUGGCACAGCCCCCGGACCUGAUUUUAUAUCAGCAGACUUUCUUCGGGUUGGUGGCCAUCCGCUUCAUGUAAUCUUAGCAGCGCACAUGACAUCCUACCUUCAGAAAGAAAGGAUCCCAGACCAGUGGAAGACCUCGCGAACCGUUCUUAUCCAUAAGAAAGGUGACCGAGAGGACCUUCGGAACUACCGUCUGAUAUGCUUGCUGAGCGUGUUAUACAAAGUAUUCACCAAGAUUAUCCUCACCCGCAUAUCUAGGACGCUGGAUGAAGCCCAGCCUCAAGAACGAGCUGGAUUCCGCCAGGGGUUCAGCUGCUUGGACCACAUCCAGACCGUGUCGAGGGUCAUAGAGGUUUGCCGGGAAUACCGCCUGCCCCUUGUUCUAACCUUCGUCGACUAUGAGAAAGCCUUUGACAGCGUAGAAACGAAUGCAAUACUGGCAGCGCUGGUCGACCAAGGUGUGGACGCGUCAUAUGUGAGGACAUUAACCAAUUGCUACGAUCGAUGUACGACUAGGAUACAGCUUUUCCACCGCCUUCUCACCAUACCCAUUGGAAAGGGGGUACGACAAGGCGAUACUAUAUCGCCGAAGCUGUUCACAGCUGCAUUGCAAUGGAUAAUGAAAUCACUAUCCUGGGAAGAAAGGGGCAUACGUGUUGAUGGAAGAUUUCUCUAG